AUGGCGGACCAACCUCAAGCUGCUGAUGAAACCCCUAGCAAAUAUGGCAGGAAAGCUUGUGCUGGAUUAAGACAAGAGUUAAUCGAUUGUUUAUUGGCUAGUGAUUGUGUGCAAAAGCACGGUAGGACCCCUAAGGAAUGCCUUAAGAAAGAAAAUCAAGGUGUCCCUUAUGAAUGUAGAACACUGCAAAAUUCAUUUUUCGAGUGUAAACGAUCGCUGUUGGAUAAUCGAACUCGAUUCCGUGGUAGCAAAGGAUACUAA